AUGGAUUCAGGUCCCAACUUCAUUCCACGCUUACUUCUACUCUCCAUUCUCGUCGCGUCAAUUCCCCUAACAGCAUCUCAGACCGCCGCCGAUACGAAGCCACCACCGUCGCCGCCUUCUGAUUCCGAUCUAUGCAACGGCGUCUUCGUCUCCUACACUCACACGAAAGGAUCUAAGAUCCCGCCCAACGACUCCGCCAACCAGCCGUACCGGUUCGAAUCUGUGAUAACGGUGCUCAACAACGGCCGCGACGAGCUCAAAUCAUGGCGCGUCUUCGUCAAAUUCGCCCACCGCGAGAUCCUCGUGUCCGCCUCCAACGCCGUGCUCUCAGACGGCUCGAGCCUCCCAGCGAGCGUCGAAAACGGCACCGUAUUCGCCGGCUAUCCCUCCUCGGAUUUGAAGUCGGCUAUUCAGACGGCGGGUGACGUCACGCAGAUGCAAGCGCGCGUCGAGCUCGUCGGGACGCAGUUCGGCGUCGCGCCGCCGAAUGCGCCGCUCCCGAAGAACAUCACUCUCGCUACUGAUGGAUGGAAGUGUCCCAAAGCCACCGUAAAAGGUAAAAAUGUUCUGCAAGUGUGUUGCAAGCCGGAUCCAGACUUCAACAACACAGAGAUCAUUGACAACGAGUACCUUCCUCGACAAAACGGAGAUCUCACAAUCAUGUACGAUGUGAUAAGAUCGUACUCAUCGAACUACAUGGCGCAAGUGACCAUGGAGAAUCACAACCCGCUAGGCCGGCUUGAUAACUGGAAUUUAAGUUUCGACUGGAUGCGUGACGAGUUCAUCUACACCAUGAAAGGUGCUUACCCGAAUCUCGUCGACUCAUCGGACUGUAUCGACGGCCCUCAGGCGAAAUACUAUCAAGAACUUGAUUUCUCAAACGUGUUGACCUGUGCAAGACGACCAACCAUCAUAGACCUCCCUCUCACCAAAUACAACGAUUCCACGUUCGGUCUUAUCCCGUUUUGCUGCAGAGACGGAAUCAUCCUGCCGCGGUCUAUGGAUCCGAGCAAGUCCAUCUCAGCUUUCCAGAUGCAGGUUUACAAAAUGCCUCCGGAUCUUAACAUCUCUGCUCUCUCACCGCCUCAGAACUGGCGUAUCAACGGCACACUAAACCCUGACUACAAAUGCGGUCCUCCCGUUAGAGUCAGCGCCAGCCAGUUCACCGAUCCCAGCGGAUUACCUUCGAACCGGACGGCUUUCGCCAGCUGGCAAGUGGUCUGCAACAUCACUCAGCCGAAAGACGCGAGCCCUAGAUGCUGUGUGUCCUUCUCCGCCUACUUCAACGACUCCAUCAUCCCCUGCAAGACUUGCGCUUGCGGGUGUGACAACAAGAAAACACCUCGCACGUGCAGCACAACCACCCCGGCUCUGCUUCUACCGCAGCAAGCUCUUCUCGUUCCGUUUGAGAACCGAACCGGACUCACCAUGGCUUGGUCUUAUCUAAAACACCGCCCCGUGCCGAACCCAAUGCCUUGUGGGGACAACUGUGGAGUUAGCAUCAACUGGCACUUGGCUACAGACUACCGAGGCGGUUGGUCGGCACGUGUCACCGUCUUCAACUGGGGAGAGACAGACUUUGUGGAUUGGUUUACAGCGGUUCAGAUGAAAAACAACGCUGCGGCUGGUUUCGAGAAAGCCUACUCGUUCAACGCGUCUACACUUAGUAUCGAGGGAGAGAACAACAACACUAUCUUCAUGGAAGGUCUUCCUGGAUUGAACUAUCUCGUGGCGGAAAGAGACGGUGAGAAUCCGUUGAAGAACCCUCGGGUUCCGGGGAAGCAGCAGUCUGUAAUCUCCUUCACCAAGAAACUGACUCCUGGGAUCAGUGUCCGUAGCGGAGAUGGCUUCCCGAGCAAAGUGUUCUUCAACGGCGAGGAGUGUUCUCUUCCGUCUAUACUCCCAACGAGCAACAGCCACCACCACCGGAGACACGUCUCUGCUUUGUUCUUGGUGUUACCGGUUUUGGCUCUCUUGAUACUCCGGGUGUAG